UAGUGUUUCGGGUAACGGUUGCACCCCCGGCCUCUCCGAGGUCAUCCCUAGCCACCGAUUGAACCGGUGAACCGGAGUCGAAGCAACCCCCAGCUAAAGCCCUCGGUCGUGAGGCAGUCGUGAGCUUGGUGUCGAGCUGGGGCGAUGCUUGUCGCUCGCGCGUGUUUCGCGAUCGCACCGAGUGCUCGCUAUCCCGUAUCGUCGUCGUCGUUGUUACGUGUGCCGUACCUGUACCCUUGCCCGUACCCGUACGUUCCGCAUCGACAUCGCCGCGGUCGAUCAUCGCCGACGUCUUUUACGCCCUCGACCUCAUCAGCGUUCUCACGGUUCGCGUCAUCGUCGUCGUCGUUGCUCUCAACACUGCUGCAGCAACGAGGAGGCUCGACGGUGCAACGACCGUGCGACAAUCGGAUGGCUGCACGUGAGCACGGAUCUAACGCGAGAUGAGAAGAAACGUUUGACAAAACGGAUCGCAGAGGCAUGGCCAGCAGCACGGAGGAUUACGGAUCGGAAUUGCAAGAAUUGCAAUGGGGCGCUGGCAGCGGUUCGCAUUUCCUCCGUAGCGGCUCUCACUUCCUGCAAGGGAGAAGCGGCACCAGCGGUUGCUACGAGGCCGAGGACCUGGAGCCGAGCAGCAGACACCAUGGCGGUCAGCACAGGGGUUAUUACAGCCCACCGGGGACGAGUUACACGAUCGUCGAGAGGCCGCCGAGCGCCCCUCAUCAUCACUCCUCGCACACAACCCCGUACCGGCACAGAGGACACGCCACUGCUCCUGGUUCCGGCGCCAUCUCACCGGAACAGGUGAUCAGGCUUUUCGGGAACAGCGUGUCGGAUCGUCGACCAGGCGACAGGAGGACGCCUGCAUCGUCGCCGGCCAGCGUCGCCGCGGUCAGAAACACGCCUCAGUCCUCAGGGUCCCAUGCGCAGCAACAGCAGCAGUCCCAACAGUCGCAGCAAUCGCAGUCCGCGAACGCUGGGAAUCCUCCCACGUCGCCCAGCUCUCAGCCGCUGAGCCUGCAGGAGCUCACCGUAAGGACAAUCACUAUGACGAGAGAACCGCCCGACUCUCACGGCUUUGGGAUCUGCGUGAAGGGUGGCAAGGACGCAGGUGAGAUCCGAAGUACCUCCUCCUUUGGGCUACCCCCGUCGCCGUACUUCAAGCCUCAAGAUCGAGAAGCGCAGUCAGGGGUGGGUGUCUACAUUUCGAGGGUCGAGGAGGGUUCGGUGGCCGAACGGGCUGGACUCAGGCCAGGAGACACCAUCUUGGAGGUGAAUGGCACACCCUUCCGGGCGGUGACCCAUGAGGAGGCCCUCAAAAUGCUGAAAUCGUGUAGGACCCUGAGCAUGACCGUGCGAGGACCGGCGUUGAACCCCCGUUGCAGGGGGAAUCAUCCAGUUUGGUCGUCGUCCGGCGGUCGUCAGCAGUCCUGCAGUUGGAUCGACCGUCAGGGUCGUCCGACUUCGCCGCCGCCGCUUUAUCCGCCGCGGGAUCCGAGGUACGGUCCGAGAACGAGGAAAGUCGAGCUAUGCAUCGAACCUGGUCAGUCGCUCGGUUUGAUGAUCAGAGGCGGCCUCGAGUACGGCCUUGGAAUUUACGUCACUGGGGUUGAUAAGGACAGUGUCGCGGAUCGAGCCGGACUUUUGGUGGGUGAUCAGAUCAUCGAGGUGAACGGGCAGAGCUUCGAGGAGGCGACCCACGACGAAGCAGUGGAGAUCCUGAAAACGAACAAGAGGAUGACUUUACUUAUCCGCGACGUGGGAAAAGUGCCGCACUCAUGCACCACGAGUCAACCGAUCGUCAUGCCGACCUCUAGGUACCCAGACCACGAUCCCAUGCUGCUCGAAAGUCCUGGGAACCAUCGACCACCGAGCCCUACCAUUGCCAGCGACUGGAGAUACAGAGGCGGCAUGCAUACGGUUUCGGCAGCGACGGCUGCGAUGGUGGAGGAAAAGGCGAGGGUGGUACUCGCGAGAAGCGAGAGGGCCGCACUUUCUCAGCUUCUGGCGGAUUACAGAACGCGCCGAAUGACAAUCGAGGAGCUGGUUGUCAGCUUGGGCGACCUUUUAAACACCCACGAGAAGCUGACGCUGCUCACCGAGCUCAGGGAACUCGUAGACGCCAAAGAUAGAGCCGCCUUCGACGAUCUGGUUUACAGGCCUCGGGUAGCCAUGGCGAGGAGAAAAGGUGACCGUGCCCACUCGGAUCUGAUAGUGACGCCAUCGCUGCACGACCUUCCGAGGGGUUGUUGCCGUCCGGGACGACUGGUGGACGUCGAGGGAGAUCCACUAGGAGUGACGGGACCACUCUUGCCGCGCGAUAACCAGGAAUAUAGAUCGCCCAGCGAGGACAGCGGUCUCGGGGCCGACAUGCCCAGAACCAGAGUGGGCUGCAGGAGGGCGCACCAGCACCAAGUGACCACCUCCGAUCUCGCCCUCUCCAACGACGACGAGUGUGACACUCAGGACUACGAGGACGAUCUCGAGAACGGGAGAGGACGCAGGCACAGCUCGCCAGGCGGGUCCAGGGGUAACCCGAGGGAGUACAGCCAUCACCAUCUUCAUCCGGAUAAUUUGGAGAGCGACGGUGGUUGCGAUGGUAGCGACGCCGAGAUGAUCGGUAAUGGGAGACGCGGAGGCGGAACGGAAAGGGAUCGCGAUAUGGAGGAGGAUGAGGAAGAAGGAAGGGAGGAGAGGAACUCGGAGGGUGGAGGUGGUGGAGGUUUCGGUGGUUGGAGGUCUCACCUACUCGGUGGGCUAACGCAACGCGUCAAAUCCUGGUACUGGGGCGCCAGGCCCCUCGAACUCGCGCACAAGCUAUCCCGUAGCUUCGACAUGCAGGAGGCACAACUACUCGAGGAGGGUGGUUCCGGCGCGGCGGCUAGCGGUGCCGGUGGUGCGGGCGGACCACCCCGAAGACAUCACAGCGCUCAAAGGUUGGCGAGGAGCGAGAUAUCGGAGCGAAGGGAAGAGGACGGGGCAUUGGUGGUGCCCGAUCAUCAGGGUAACCUGAGGAUCACCGUGAAAAAGACCAAGUCGAUUUUGGGCAUUGCCAUCGAGGGCGGCGCCAAUACCAAGCAUCCACUGCCCAGAAUCAUCAACAUACACGACAACGGAGCAGCGUACGAGGCCGGUGGUCUUGAGGUCGGUCAGCUGAUCCUAGAAGUCGACGGCCACAAAGUCGAAGGUCUUCAUCAUCAGGAAGUAGCAAGACUGAUCGCGGAAUCGUUCGCUCGACGGGAUCGAAACGAAAUCGAGUUCUUGGUGGUCGAGGCGAAGAAGAGCAACUUGGAGCCGAAACCUACGGCGUUGAUAUUCCUGGAAGCGUAGCAGGAAUCUCCCACCUCCGAGCCGGAACCACCGUAGCCCUACGCGACCAGAGCUCGGCCUUUGGUGCGUCCUCGACGUAGCUGAAGAGACGAUCCGCCGCAUCGAUGAGAAAAGAAAGAAGAAGAACAAGCUUACCUCUUCAACUUCACCGACAAUGGAAGCGUCGGUGAACGCUCUCGAUCGGACGGCCGAGCUCUCGGUCAGGUGCUAACUGAGCCUGGCCCUGAUGGUGGGAACUCUCAAGAGUAAAUAAGUUAGAGGACAAUGAAUCUCGAUUAGCGAGUCGAUGGGAUGAUAAGUGCACGUAGCUGCUAAUCGAACUGAUACGAUUCUACUUUAACCAUCGUUUAAUUAUUGUAACGAUACGAGAAGCUGUGUCUGAUUAAAUUGAAGCCGGCGAGGGAGAAUAAGGUAAUAGUAUGAUAAAACUUAAUACGAGUAAUACUGAGAAACUCCGAGUGGAAAUAUUACACAUGUCGAGAACGGGGUGGGAAAUUUAAAGGUUGACUGUGCCAAACUACUAGGGAUUGUUUCGUGUAUGAUAAAUUACGAUAUAUUCUUUGAUCGUAAAGUUCAAAGGACUCUAUCCAAAAGAGAUUCACAAGUUUUCAACUCGUCGCGUACGACGUUAGUGUGGCUUCUAAUGGUUCAUCGAGCAAACGCGAAAACUGUCAACAAGGGAAACAGAUCGUCAAAUUCAUUGUUGACUAAUGCAUUAUCGAAGAUUCUGGUCGGUGUCAUCGGUCAGAAUUUUCAUCGAUCGAGUCUCACUCGACUUAUCUAAUAAUGGUCCACUAACAACAAUCAGGUACAAUUUCACUAGUUUUUAAAUUUCUUCUCAUCCACUCCUGUACAAGUGCGAUUGGAAUGAAUAUUAAUAAAAUGUGCAUAAAAAAUAACACACGUUCUUACGUGUACGUAUCUGUACAUAAUCUUCGUUCCAAUCGCAGGUAUACGCAGUUAAGGUAAUUGAAACACUCGAUAUAAUUUACUGCAAUCAAUAUUUAGGACCUCCUACAGAUAAAAAAAUUAUAUUUUUGCAUAUCUAUAUUCGUCACGUAAACUGUAAACGUUGAAAAUCGAGAGGAAAAACAUCGACGAAAAUCCUGACCGACUCGCGACUAAUAUAGACUUAUUACGGGAAUUGUUGAGGCUUAACAAAGUAUAUUGUACAUAAAUAUAUAUAUAUAUAUAUAUUAUUGAUUAUCGUAGAGUGGAAUUGGAAACUUGUAUGUACCUACCUACCACGGACUCUUCCGGGUGCGCGAAAUGAAACGGUGAGAUCGGCGACGAUUCUAUAAGAGUAUCAGAAUAUUUUCAACAAGUUAAGUAAAUUCGAAUCUAGAGAUCGCGGUUACUUAGAAACGGGCCUGAUCGUGUUUGAGUUUACGAGCAAUCGCGGUCGAUCACCCGCAAAAAGAUAUACAAAAUGAUUAGUAGAUCGAGUAGUCCAAUCGUGAGUCGUAAUUAGAUUGAAUUUCCUUUAUGAGAGACAUUAACUGAUUUGUUUACAAAUGGUUGUUAGUUCUCCUGUGCCCGAUUGUCCGCGAUUUUGCUCGUUUAAUAAACGAAAAUCUGAUAAAAAUAUAAA